GGGUUGAAGACCUUUGUCACAGCAUAUGCAUUGAAAUUCUUUAGGAUAUUUAGUAGUCCUUUCUAGGGUUCUUCGAAAGUUAUGUAAUCUCGGUCCACACCUCACUGGGAAUGUUUGUACGUGAUGCUUGAAGGACGCUGCUUUGUUCAAGUCUAACAGGUUUACACACGGCUGAUCCUUUACAGAGUUAAAACGUCUAGCUCAACAGCACACAGCUGCAAACAUGUCGAAUUCAAUGAUAGUCACACAGCCACAACCUCUUAUGAUCUCCAGAGAAUCGGAUCAAUGGGGAUCAGGCGUUUGUGAUUGCUGUGAUGAUGUGCCUGAAUGCUGCUUUGGCUUCUGGUGUUACUGGUGUUUUACCUGUGCGUCAACCAAACGCUAUGGCGAGUGUUUAUGUCUCCCCCUGCUGGAUAUGUGUGGGAUUGUUCCACCCAUAACGCUGUCCAUGAGAGUCUUAAUGCGCAAUCGUUACGGGAUUAAGGGCACCGUUUGUAAUGACUGUCUGAUGGCCACAUUCUGCAGAGCCUGCGUUUGGUGUCAGAUGUCACGUGAGAUGAAGGAUCGGUCUAUCCAGAUCACACUUGUUGGUGCCAAAAAUCUUUAAUCUUUAAUAAAGAGUCUAUAUCAAGACUCAGAAAGACUUUUAUAAUCAAAUCUGAACGAUGUUGUACUUUGUAAAACUUUUUUUGCAUUUAAUUUUUUUAAGUAUAAUCAAUGUGCAAGUCAUUUCAACUUGGUUUUUUAAAAUCUUGACUAGUUGAAUUAGCUUAAAGGGAUAGUUCACCCAAAAGUGAAAAUUCUUUAAUUUAUUCAUCCUCAUGUAGUUCUAAACCUGUAUAGAUUUCUUUUUUCUGAUGAACACAAAAGAAGAUAUUUAGAGAAAUGAUGGUGCGCAUAUGGUGUCCAUUGACUUUCAUAGUAGGAAAAAAUCUUUUGGAAGUAUUGUGGUAUAUGAUGAAGAAAAUAUUUUGAUAAAUGAUGGAAAGCACACAGUUGACAGUACCAAUUAAAUUUCAUCACAUUUUUUUAUUCCUACUAUGGAAGUUAAUGGUCACUAUCUGCUGUGUAUUUACCAUCAUUUCUCAAAAUGUCUUGUGUUCAUCAGAAAAAAUAAAUUUAUACAGGUUUAAAACAUGAGGAUUUUUGGAUGAACUAUCCCUUUUACUUAUUUCAACUUAAGUUACACCAUGCAAGUCAAGAUAAAACAAUUCAAGUUGAUUGUAUUACUUAAUUUAAGUGCAAAAAAUUGUGUUGUAAAAUACUUAUUUGAUAUCAAUUAUCUGUAAAUUACUUGUGAUAUAAUUUGAGAGACCCGUGAAUGUUAUUUUCUACUGAUGCUUUGUCUGUGUUUUAAUUAUAUUGUUCUAAAAUAAAUCAAUGUACAGUGUUGUUA